AUGGUAUCGGGCGGGGUUGACAAGAUUCAAAGAAGCAGAGCUCAGACGGCUGGGGGUGCCGAGAUGAUUACGGCUCUGAAUCGCGUGCUAUGGAAGUCGGCUUCAACCUUUGAAGGGCCACUGAGCCAGAAUGAUCUGAGGGUCCUGAUUGCCCUGAUCGAGGACAGCGGCCGGCAUGGCAGUCCCGUGUCAUGGAGUCGGGUGACAUUCCGAGGCUCUAGCUUCGGCGUGGCGCAGUGUAGCCCUGGCUGUCGCAUCCCGGCACGUGCUGUAAUGAGCAGCGGGUUGGAAGAGGAUGAAAUCUUGCUGGACUAUCCGGGUGAAGACGACGUCAACGUGGGCCCAAAGUGGAAGAAACGGGUCAAAAGCGCGGGUCUUAUCGUGCCCAGAGUCGCCUCGGAUUGGGCCCAUUCUCCCAUGACAAUGGCAUUGCCUUGUCCUUCGGGUCGCCCCAAGCGCGGGGCUGCCGUCCCAAGUCGACCGUUGUCAUCCUUUGUUCGUCUGAUGAUGGGCGCUGCAGAACGGUUACGAAAAGUCGUCGUAGGGCCCGCCCUGCCAAUCGAACCCAUUCGCCUGGUCAACUGGGAGUCGGGGACUGUCAUACCUGAGGGCUUCGUCAGUGUUGGGGGCGUGAAGGUGCCGCGCAGCGCCGCCCAGUCGCCGAAGAUGCCCCCCACCAGGAAGGUGACUCGUUGGCUACGAGGAUUCCCUCAGGGCUACGCAAGGGCGGGCGAGAUGACGGAGAGGCUUUCCCGAGCGGCAGUGUCCAGCGACGGUCUUCUUCCUCUGGUCGGCGGUGACAAUUUUUACGUCUCCCUGGUGAUGGCGUAG